ACGAGUGACAAGUGACAGCUGUUAAACCGGCGUCUGAAGUGUCCAGCUGGUGUCGAAGAUUUGGUGAUUCUUCCGCCGGAUUUCUUCUUAGUACGGAAUUGGCAAUAUGGAUUUCGCUUCUUAUAAGGAUUGGGAUAAGGUUCUGGACAUUUUCCUGGACGAAACGAACGGUUCGAUAUUCUACAGAGAAGCGUAUCACUUCAAAAACGAGGUGGACACAACGCGUUUGGUACACUGUCGAAAGAUCAGGAGGUAUCUAAAGCAGUGGAUAGACAGCCGACGGGACAAUGUGAUUUGCGAUGAGAUUCUUUCAGAGGCUAUCCGGAACCAAGGGAACGACGCAUUUCAAAACCCGAGGACUGUCGACAUUGCCGCAGCAUUGUACACAAAAGCAAUUUAUGCAGCUCCACUGGGGACGCAGGCAAUAGCCUUAGCCCACGGAAAUCGGGCCGCGGCUGUAUAUAAGCUCGGCCAGUACGAGGCGGCAUAUUAUGACUGUGAAUAUGCUUUGAAAUUCGAUCACCCAAAACGGAAAAUGAUUCUCAUGCGACAAGCAACUUGUGCACAAUCGCUCGCCGAUGCAUCUAAACUAGAGAAUUGCAUAGAACAGUUGGAGAAAUUAAAUUUGAGUGAAAGGGAAAUUGCCGAUUAUAAAAAAAGUCUUAUCGACAAGAGGGCGUCUCCUCUGCCAGUACCUUCUGCCAAGGAUGAACUUCUUCCCGAGAAGAAGCAGAGAAUAUUGAAAACCCAUCGACGUGGGCGUUACGUGGUCGCCGACGAAUCUAUUUCCGAAAACGAAACGAUAAUGUCUGAAGAACCCUUCGCUUUUGUGCCUAUCGUCAGUGUCGACCAUGACAGCAUUCAUUAUAUUUGCGAUGGUUGCGCAGAAAGCGACAUUGUACCGUUUCCAUGUUAUGGCUGUCGGUUUGCAUUUUAUUGCGGACCAAAAUGUCGUGAGAAACAAGAGCCCAUCCACCGAUUCGAAUGUAGUGGUAAUAAAGUGAAUUUGUUUGGUGAGGUGGGAAUAGCUUACCUGGCACUCCGCUGUUUGUUGGUGGUCUUUAAUAGUCUAUUGGAAGAAGUGCGACAACGCAAAGGCUCAAAAACUAUACAAACAGCUGAAGAACUAUGGCCUGUGAUAUUAGAAACAGGAAGGGACGGUGAGCUGAUGAGCCUUUGCACAAACUUUGAGAUACUUGACGGUAAAAGCGAUCUUCUUCGCUAUGCACUCACAGCGUCACUGCUUUGCUGCUACCUUAUUCACAAAACAACAUUCAUGGAGGAAACCCGUAGCGCCAGGCGGCAGAUAAUGCAGUCGAAUUCGGAAUGGGAAAUUAUUCUGGCAUCAUUGCUGCUCCGCCUUAUAAAUCAGAUGAUUUGCAACGCUCACACCAUAGACCAAACCAUAGUUAAAGGAUUCACCGGAGAUGGGUUCCGGUUAGGUUACUUAUCCGAAGCAGCGCAAAAUUCCCCAAUGUUUUCAGCAAUCUAUCCACGCGUUAGUCUCUACAAUCACGCUUGUGAGCCCAGCUUUAGGAAUAAGUUCGAAAAGGCGAAAUUAGUAGUAAUCGCUUCUAAGGACAUUGAUAAAGGUAAGGAAAUAUUUAAUUGUUAUGGACCGAAAUGGAUAUCGGACUCUCGGGACGAGAGAAGGUCACUUCUGCGGCUACAAUACGGAUUCACAUGCAACUGUGUCCACUGUCGGGACAGCAAAGACACAGGCUAUUUUGCCUACAAUCAUGUAAUCUGCAAAGCGGACGGUUGCGGGGGACGAUUUCUGCUGCAUCAACCAUGUCCCAGUUGUGGUUUGGCGUACGAUAAUAGGUUCUACGCGCGCAUUAUAGACAGUGUUACUGUGAUCGAGAACACCAUCAGAAAGUACAAAUACUUGCAUGAAUUGUUUUGGAAAAUGAGCUGUUAUCUUCCACGUUAUACACGGCUGCGAUCUAGUUCAGCCAAAUUCAUUCUCAGCACCUUUCUGCGAAGCGAUAACGCUAUUAAAUAUAACGAAAAAUUAACCCGACGAAUGCUGAGUAUCGCAGUCGACUUGGCAGAAUCAGCUGAAAAGGAAUAUGGUUGCUAUCAUAUCGAUUACAUUUACAGAUCGUCAUUCCUUUUGGAUCUAAUAGCAAUAAGAAAUCAACAAGGUUUCGAGCCCGUUCCAAUCGAGUACGACCUUAAUAAGAUCAAGCGAGCCUUCAAUGAACUGCCAUUCAAGCUCAAGAAAAAGUUCGACAAUUAUUUCGAUCUGAACAUCAUCUAAAACGCCCGGAAAGCUGUAUCUUGGAAUUGUACAGUGUUAUCUACUUUGUAUCUUUGAUCCAAAAUAAAAUUUUUAAAAUCA